GGGGCGGGCGCUGCCUGCCAGUGCCUGUUGAGUGAGCUGGAAGAGCUGUGUUGUAUGCUUGAUGCUUAGCAGUUCAGAAGGAACAAAAUUCAAGAGCAGCUGCUGCUUUCGCCAUGGCCACUUUAGUGAAGAAAAUUAUCAGCACCGCUAAGGCUCCGGCUGCCAUGGGCCCCUACAGUCAAGCAGUGUUGGUAGACCGGACCAUGUAUAUUGCAGGACAGCUAGGCAUGGAUCCUUCAAAUGGGCAACUUGUACCUGGAGGAGCAAAGGAACAGGCAAAACAGGCCCUUCAAAAUAUUGGAGAAAUUUUGAAAGCUGCAGGCUGUGACUACCAUAAUGUGGUAAAGACUACUGUUCUGAUGGCUGACAUGAAGGACUUUGAUGAUGUCAAUGAAAUCUACAAGCAGUUUUUCAAGUGUAACUUCCCUGCCAGAGCAGCUUACCAAGUUGUUGCUCUUCCAAAAGGUGCACGAGUUGAGAUUGAAGCUGUUGCCAUCCAUGGACCCCUCCAAGAUGCUUCAGCAUGACUAUAAAUACAUCACUUAACAUAGUGGCUGGGGGUUAUUAGUCAAGUUCGGUCUUGCUUUUUGUAGGCCUUGGUUCACCAAAGGCAGCCAGUCCCCGGACUAAGCUCUUCUGGCAGACCUUAACACAUGUACAGAGCUGUUCUGCCUUCCCCCACCCACCCCCUUGUGCCAUGAAGGCUCUAAGCCUAUGCAGGAUUUGGUAUGUAUGUACUGCAGAACGGAAUGCUAGUUGCUUGGAAACACUUUGGUACUCGAAAUAAUACUUUGAGUACAGUAGCAAAUAGACUGUGAAAUGAUUAAUUAAUAUGGAAAAGGAAGCUUCAAGCAGUAACUUCUGUAACCCUUCAUUAGGAUAACAGCAUUCUAACUGUGUUAUUUUGUACACUACAUUAACUGGAACUUAACACUUAGAAGGAAAAACAAUGAAGGGUAGACGGACAAGAUCAUAUCUAAUGUAGGUAGAUUCAGCUUUAACAAAUUGAGUUUUGGCCUGUUCUAAUUAAUUGUUGCUAUUUAAGCUAGCACUUGGAUGCUACUGACUUUAUGGCAAGAGAAUGCCCUUUUUGAGAUGAACUAACUUCUGUUUCAUGUUUUCAAAUCAUUUCAUUACCUGCUGGGAAGAUAGCUUGAUUUUUCUUUAGCCUCUUGGGGGGAAAUAAAUCAGUUACUUGAAAUGUAACAUUUGUAGGCCAAAUCUUUUCUUGAAGUAUGCUAUUCAUGCCAUGUAUCCAUGCUUCAUUGAAUUAAAGGGCAGAGGUUCAGUAGUUAUGGUCAA